AUGAAGCUCUCCUUGGCACUUGCCACCCUCGUGGCCACAGCAUUCAGUCAACAGGAGCUAUGCUCUCAAUACGACUCUGUCUCGAGCCCUCCGUACACAGUGAACACCAAUCUUUGGGGAAAGGACUCGGGAACUGGCUCCCAGUGCGUCUACGUCGACAGCAUCUCUAGCUCCGGUGUUGCAUGGCACACUACUUGGACCUGGAGUGGUGGUGAUAACAGCGUGAAAAGUUAUUCCAACUCCGGAGUCGACAUCGAGAAGAAGCUUGUGAGCGAUGUCAGCAGUAUCCGCACCGACGUGGAAUGGAAACAGGAUAACACCAAUGUCAACGCCGAUGUGGCGUACGACCUGUUUACCGCCGCCGACAAGAACCACGUCACAUACAGUGGUGAUUACGAACUGAUGAUUUGGCUCGCACGCUACGGAUCUAUCCAGCCCAUUGGCACAAAGAUCGAUAGCAUCACAGUCGAAGGCCAUACUUGGGAACUGUGGUACGGCACUACUACCCAGGCUGGCGCCGAGCAAAAGACGUACAGCUUCGUCUCGGCAACCCCGAUAAACUCCUUCAGCGGAGACCUCAAGGCAUUUUUCGACUAUCUCACAUCCAAGCAAAAUUUCCCUGCUUCUUCCCAGUAUUUGAUCAACCUGCAGUUCGGAACUGAGCCGUUCACUGGCGGCCCGGCAACCUUCACUGUUUCCAAAUGGACUGCUAGUGCGAACUAG